AUGAUCGCGGAACUAUUUUUCGGAGUCUUGCUAUUGGCGACAAACGCCCUUGCUUGCGCCAGUCAUGAGAACCAUUACAACUUGGCCGACAGGAAGCGCGACGCUGAGGAGGCGGGGCCCAAGACCGACUGGGCGUACGAAGCUUCUUUCAACUGGGGUCGCAUCAACCCGAAUUAUACUUUGUGCCAAACAGGAACGCAGCAGUCGCCCAUCGCGCUGAGCCUCAACAACGGCCUGGCCCUGAACCACAUCCUCCGGUUCAACUACCCGAACCAGACGGCCGGCAACUUUUUCAACUGGGGCUACGGCCCGGCCUUCACCCUGACGCAUCCCGAGGGGGUCUACACGGGCAACCCGUCCUUCACGUACGACAACACCACGCUCUACCUCAAGGGGUGGCACAUCCACUCGCCGGCGGACCACUCGGUCAACGGCGCCCGGUCCAAGGCGGAGCUGCACCUCGUCCACGGCGACGACCAGGGCCGCGAGAGGGCGGUGCUGGCGAUCCUGCUCAACCCGGGCAACGCCAACAGCACCUUCUUCGACCAGCUCCCGCCCAUGAUCGGCUUCAACGACGUCGGCACCGAGGUGCCCGUCACCUUGGACCUCGGCAAGGCGCUCAACAGCGUGCAGCUGUUCAACGAGUUCUGGACGUACCAGGGCAGCUUGACGAGCCCGCCGUGCACCGAGGGGAUCCGCUGGUUCGUGGCGCGGCAGCAGUUGUUCACGGGCGUCGAGCAGAUGAGGGCCAUCCUCGGGGCGAGCACGUACAGCGCGAGGGCGGAGCAGGAGGUCUGGCAGCAUCGCAUCAACGAGUAG